AUGCAGUCCAUCCUGCGCGCGAGAGUGCCUUUGUCGCGGUGCCAACCGCUUGUCAACCGCAUCCAGUCGCGUACCCUUGGUACCUAUGCGACUUUCAAGAUCCCCCAGAUCAACAAUGAGCCGAACAAACACUAUGUCCCCGGUUCCCCGGAUCGCAAGGGCCUGGAGGAUGCCCUCGCUUCCUACAAACAGCAAUCCCCACUGAACCUGCCUCUCAUCGUCGCUGGCAAGGAGAUCAAGACCUCCGAGACCUUCACCCAGAGCAACCCGGCCACCCAUGCCCCGGUUGCUACUUACUCCAACGCCUCCAAGGCCGAUGUUCAAGCUGCCAUUGACGCCGCUCUCGCCGCACGCAAGUCGUGGGCUGAUACCCCCUUCGCGGAGCGUGCCAGCAUCUUCCUGAAAGCUGCCGAUCUGAUCUCGACCAAGUACCGUUACGACAUCAUGGCUCUGACCAUGCACGGCCAAGGCAAGAACGCUUGGCAAGCGGAGAUUGACUCGGCCGCAGAACUCAUCGAUUUCUUCCGCUUUGGAGUCAAGUACGCCGAGGAGGUCUAUGCUCAGCAACCCGUUCACCACGCCCCCGGUGUCUGGAACCGCCUGGAGUACCGCCCUCUCGAGGGUUUCGUCUACGCCAUCAGCCCCUUCAACUUCACUGCUAUCGGUGGUAACCUGGCUGGUGCUCCCGCUCUGAUGGGCAAUGUCGUUUUGUGGAAGCCCUCUCCCGCUGCCAUGGCCUCCAACUGGCUUGUUCACCAGAUCCUUCUUGAGGCCGGUCUGCCCAAGGACGUCAUCCAGUUCGUUCCUGGUGAUGCCGAGGAGGUCACCAGCACCGUUCUCGAUAACAAGGAAUUUGCCGCCCUCCACUUCACUGGUAGCACUGAUGUCUUCCGUUCGCUGUAUGGCAAAAUCUCCCAGGGUGUGGCGGAUGGCAAAUACCGCAGCUACCCCCGUAUCGUGGGCGAGACCGGUGGUAAGAACUUCCACCUGGUCCACAAGUCCGCCGAUGUGCGUAACGCCGUGGUCCAGACCGUCCGUGGUGCCUUUGAGUUCCAGGGCCAGAAGUGCAGUGCCACUUCCCGUGCCUAUGUCGCUUCUUCCAUUGCCGACGAGUUUGUCGAGGGCGUCGCUGCUGAGGUCAACAAGCUGAAGAUUGGCGAGCCUACCGAGUUCUCCAACUUCUGUGGUCCCGUUAUCCAUGAGGGCUCCUUCAACAAGCUCGCCGGUGUUAUCGAUGAGGCCAAGAGCGACCCCGAGCUUGAGCUCCUUGCUGGUGGAUCUUAUGAUUCUUCCAAGGGAUGGUACAUCCAGCCCACUGUCUAUCGCACUGCCAACCCCGACCACCCUCUCCUUUCCCGCGAGCUUUUCGGACCCGUCAUCGUCAUCCACGCCUAUAACGAUGCUACCGAGGCCGACUUCCUCAAGAUCUGCGACAAGAUCGACAACACUAGCACCUACGGCCUGACCGGCUCUAUCUUUGCCCAGGACCGCGAGGCCGUUCAGGUUGCCAACGACGCUCUGCGCAACGCUGCCGGCAACUUCUACAUCAACUGCAAGAGCACUGGUGCCGUCGUCGGCCAACAGCCCUUCGGUGGUGCUCGUGCUAGCGGUACCAACGACAAGGCCGGCAGUGCCAACCUGCUCUCGCGCUUCGUCAGCCUGCGCUCCGUGAAGGAGGAGUUUGUCCCCACCUACACCGUUGAGUAUCCCAGCAACGCCAACUAA